UGAUUUUGCAUUUCCGGGGGGAGAGAAUGUAUGUAAACAAUACAGGUCUCUCCCCUGUCAGCUCCAGCACACUGCUUUGUAUGGCUCUGCAUAGCAGAACCAUACAAAGCAGUGUGCUUAUAGUUGAAAGCACAGACACAGCUUACUGUGAAACAGCACACAGUUAACCCAUUUGAUCGCCCCACAUGUUAACCCCUUCCUGCCCAGUGCCAUUAGUACAGUGUCAAUGCUUUUUAUUAGCACUGAUCACUGUAUUGGCGUCACUGAGGAUAUCAGUGACACCAAGCCAGUUCCCCCAAGUGUCAGAAUGCCCGCCGCAGUCCCGCUAU